AUGCUGCGGCAGGUUCUGCACAGGGGCUUGAGGACGUGUUUCUCCCGGCUCGGCCACUUCAUUGCCAGUCACCCCGUCUUCUUCGCCUCGGCGCCCGUGCUCAUCUCCAUCCUGCUCGGCGCCAGCUUCAGCCGCUACCAGGUCGAGGAGAGCGUGGAGCACCUGCUGGCGCCCCAGCACAGUCUCGCCAAGAUCGAGCGCAACCUCGUUAACAGCCUUUUCCCGGUCAACCGCUCCAAGCACCGGCUCUACUCGGACCUGCAGACCCCGGGGCGCUACGGCCGGGUCAUCGUCACCUCCUUCCAGAAAGCCAACAUGCUGGACCAACAUCACACCGACCUGAUCUUAAAGUUGCAUGCUGCUGUGACCAAGAUCCAGGUUCCAAGACCUGGUUUCAAUUACACGUUUGCCCACAUAUGUGUCCUGAAUAACGAUAAGACUUGCAUCGUGGAUGACAUAGUGCAUGUGCUGGAAGAGCUAAAGAAUGCGCGGGCCACCAACCGGACCAAUUUUGCUAUCACAUACCCGAUCACUCACUUAAAGGACGGGAGGGCCGUGUACAACGGGCACCAGCUUGGAGGUGUCACCGUGCACAGCAAGGACCGGGUGAAAUCCGCAGAGGCCGUCCAGCUCACCUACUACCUGCAGUCCAUCAACAGUCUCAACGACAUGGUGGCUGAGAGGUGGGAGUCCAGCUUCUGCGACACUGUCCGACUAUUCCAGGAGUCCAACAGCAAAAUCAAAAUAUACCCUUACACGUCCUCCUCGCUGAGGGAAGACUUCCAGAAGACCAGCCGCGUAUCAGAACGUUACCUGGUCACCAGCCUGAUCCUGGUGGUCACCAUGGCCAUCCUCUGCUGCUCAAUGCAGGACUGCGUCCGCAGCAAACCCUGGCUAGGCCUACUCGGCUUGGUGACCAUAACCCUGGCCACUCUCACCGCAGCCGGGAUCAUCAAUCUCACUGGUGGGAAAUACAAUUCCACCUUCCUGGGAGUCCCUUUCGUCAUGCUAGGUCAUGGAUUAUAUGGGACUUUUGAAAUGUUAUCCUCCUGGAGGAAAACGAGAGAAGACCAACACGUUAAAGAGAGAACUGCAGAGGUCUAUGCCGACUCCAUGCUCUCCUUUUCUCUCACCACUGCCAUGUACCUGGUCACCUUUGGCAUAGGGGCCAGCCCUUUCACGAACAUUGAGGCAGCCAGAAUCUUCUGCUGCAAUUCCUGUAUUGCAAUCCUUUUCAACUACCUCUAUGUACUCUCAUUUUAUGGUUCCAGCCUGGUGUUCACUGGCUACAUAGAAAACAAUUACCAGCAUAGUAUCUUCUGUAGAAAAGUCCCAAAGCCCGAUGUAUUGCAGGAGAAGCCGGCAUGGUACAGGUUUCUCCUGACAGCCCGAUUCAGCGAGGACACAAGUGACGGUGAGGAAGCCAACACGUAUGAGAGUCACCUAUUGGUAUGUUUCCUCAAACGCUAUUACUGUGACUGGAUAACCAACACCUAUGUCAAGCCUUUUGUAGUUCUCUUUUACCUUAUUUAUAUUUCCUUUGCCUUAAUGGGCUAUCUGCAGGUCAGUGAAGGGUCAGACCUUAGUAACAUCGUAGCGACCGCGACACAAACCAUUGAGUACACUACUGCCCAGCAAAAGUACUUCAGCAACUACAGUCCAGUGAUUGGGUUCUACAUCUAUGAGUCCAUAGAAUACUGGAACACUAGUGUCCAAGAAGAUGUACUAGAAUAUACCAAGGGGUUUGUGCGGAUAUCCUGGUUUGAGAGCUAUUUAAAUUACCUUCGGAAACUCAAUGUGUCCACUGGCUUGCCCAAGAAAAACUUCACAGACAUGCUGAGGAACUCCUUCCUGAAAGCCCCCCAAUAUUCGCAUUUUCAAGAGGACAUCAUCUUCUCGAAGAAGUACAAUGAUGAGUUCGAUGUAGUGGCCUCCAGAAUGUUUUUGGUGGCUAAGACCAUGGAAACCAACAGAGAAGAACUCUACGAUCUUCUGGAGACCCUGCGGAGACUUUCGGUCACCUCCAAGGUGAAGUUCAUUGUUUUCAACCCGUCUUUCGUGUACAUGGAUCGAUACGCCUCCUCUCUGGGCGCCCCCCUGCACAACUCCUGCAUCAGUGCUUUGUUCCUGCUCUUCUUCUCGGCAUUCCUGGUGGCGGAUUCCCUGAUCAAUGUCUGGCUCACUCUAACGGUCGUGUCCGUGGAGUUCGGAGUUGUAGGUUUCAUGACCUUAUGGAAAGUCGAACUCGACUGCAUUUCUGUGCUCUGCUUAAUUUAUGGAAUUAACUACACAAUUGACAAUUGUGCUCCACUGUUAUCCACAUUUGUUCUUGGCAAGGACCUCACAAGAACUAAAUGGGUCAAAAAUGCCCUGGAAGUGCACGGGGUAGCUAUUUUACAGAGUUACCUCUGCUAUCUUGUUGGUCUGAUUCCUCUCGCAGCUGUGCCUUCAAAUCUGACCUGUACACUGUUCAGGUGCUUGUUUUUAAUAGCAUUUGUCACCUUCUUUCACUGCUUUGCCAUUUUACCUGUGAUACUGACUUUCCUGCCACCCUCUAAGAAAAAAAGGAAAGAUAAGAAAAAUCCUGAAAACCGCGAGGAAAUCGAGUGUGUGGAAAUGGUGGAUAUGGAUAGUACCCGAGUGGUUGACCAAAUCACAACAGUGUGAGAGUGUGUCUGCUUGUUAUAUUUUCACCCUAGGUCUUACGAAGAGCAAAGAGAUGAUGCUAAUGAAACAGA